CAACCAUUCCGAAAUAAUGCCGCAUUAACAGAAGAUGUGAGGCAAUAUAACAAGGCAAUGAGCAGUGUACGAAUCAGUGUGGAAUGGUUAUUUGGAGAAAUAACCAAGUAUUUUAAGUUUGUAGAUUUUAAGCAACAACUUAAAAUACGGUUAAGUCCCAUUGGGAAAAUUUACAUUGUAUCUGCCAUAUUGCAAAAUAGUUUAGCUUGCUUGUAUGGUAACAUUGUAUCAGAAUAUUUUGAAAUCAACUCACCAACACUAGAAAACUACUUCUGGAGAGCUGAUGCAUGA